GACACAACAAACAAAAGAAAGAAAGAAAAAAAAAUCGCACGUUCCUUGUCGCAACAAAUCUGAUUAGGGUUUUUGAGAAUCUCCAAUCCUCGUCACGAAAUUCGCUACACCUUGGUGUUGAAUUCGCGCUUCAUCAGCAAAGUCAUGGUUUCUGAUUCGAUCACCAACGCAUCUGCCUCUGCAGCCCCAAGCCCGAGAGAUAUCGGAAAAAAGAAAAGGACGAACAGGUCAGCCAAAUUGAAACAGAGCAAGCUAGGUCUCCGCCGUGAGCAAUGGCUUUCUCAAGUUGCGAUGGUAAACAAAGGGGAGAAUGGUCCGAAUCGAAAAAGUGGGAAUGAAAAAGUUGUUCCGGUUGAGAAUUUAGAUGGGAAGCGUGGAGGAGGAGAAGAAGCAAAUCAUCACGAGAGCUUUAUGGAAUCGAUUUCGAAUAGCCCAAGCAGUAUCCUGAGUGGUAUCAACUCAAUCCCUGAUUUCAGCAGCGGCAGUAGCAGUGGGAGUGGUGGAUCUUGCUCUGGUAAUAUAACAGAGGAAGAGGAUGCUGCUGAUGCUGAUGACGACGGUUGUUUGGAUGAUUGGGAGGCUUUUGCUGAUGCUUUAGCAGCUGAUGAACAAAAGGAGAAUCCUCCUCCUCCUCCUCAGUCACGUGAAGAGCAUUCGAGUGUUAUCAAGCAAUCUGACGUGGUUGUUAGGGAUGAUGUGAAGCCAACAAUUUCGAGGAAGCAAAAGAGCAACCAGGCGUGGAGGGCAGACGAUAAGCUCCGUCCUCAGGGUCUGCCUAAUUUGGGAAAGCAGCGUAGUUUUCCGGUUAUGAACUUGCAUUUUAAUUCUGCGGCAGUGCCAUCUUCAUGCCCCAUUUGCUACGAAGAUCUUGACUUGACGGAUUCUAAUUUCUUGCCGUGUCCUUGUGGGUUCCGGCUCUGUCUUUUCUGCCACAAGACCAUCUGCGAUGGAGAUGGCCGUUGUCCAGGUUGCAGAAAGCCGUAUGAAAGGGACACGGUCAAGGUUGAGGCUAGUGUUCAUGCUGGUGGUCUCACUAUUCGGCUUGCUCGUUCCUCUAGCAUGUUUUGCAGGUCUUGAAGUAAACAGGAGGAUGUGGGUUUUCUCGGACUGUGUUUGUUUUCUCACUCUUAUGUUUUUCUUUCCCUCGCAUGUUCUAUGUUUUUUCACAUGUCUUUAAAAACUCUUUAGAUAUGGGUAUAGCAUUUGUCUUUUGGCACUUAAGAACUAUCAUGUAUGUUCUUCUAUGUCAGUGACUCUUCUUCGUCUGAAACAUGUGGUGGUGGUGAUGUAGAGUUGUGUGUGUGAGUGAGUAUAUAAAGUGGUACACCAAUUUCAAAUAAAUAAAGUUGCAAUGAGUC